UACUAGUAUUUAUUUACAUUAAACUGAAGGAUUUCGUGUUAUUAGUAAAAUGAAGAAUAAAAGCAGUAUUGCAGAAUUGUUUGCUAAUGCUAAGGCUAACGACACAUAUGUUAAUGUGUGUGCACCAAUGGUCAGAUACAGUAAAGUUCAAUUUAGAACUUUAGUUAAAAAUUAUGGGGUUGACUUGUGUUUUACGCCUAUGGUUCUAGCCGAUUCAUUUUGCCAAAAUGCUAAGGCUCGAGCGAGUGAGUUCUCUACCACAGUAAGUGAUUCGCCUGUUGUCGUACAAUUUGCGGCCAACAAUGUCAAUGAUUUUGUCGACGCUUCCAAGUUGAUCUACCCUUACGCCGACGGUGUUGACUUAAACUGUGGCUGCCCUCAGAGAUGGGCUAUGAAGGAUGGCUAUGGUUGUGCAUUACUUUCUAAACCUGAAAUGAUUCAAGAACUAGUCAAAGGUGUGAGAAGUGCUUUACCUAAUAGCUUCAGUGUAUCAGUAAAAGUUCGUAUUUUAAAAGAUUUGAAGCAAACUAUAGACAUGUGUAAGCAACUGGAGAAGUGUGGUGUUAAUUUUCUAACAGUUCAUGGUCGCACCCCAGAACAGAAGAGUAGUGGAAAUGUAGACUAUGUUAGAUUGAAGGAUGUUUGUGACAACACUGGAAUCCCUAUUAUUGCAAAUGGUGGAGUGAAGUCUUUAGAGGAUGCAGAUGAGUUGUAUAAUGCAGUUGGGUGUGAUGGAGUAAUGGCAGCGAGUGGGCUAUUAACAAACCCUGCCCUGUUCAGUGGAAUCAAUAGAACUCCUCAUAGUUGUAUUAAAAUGUGGAUGCAACUGAAAAACAUAGACAGUUAUAGAAUAACAUUCCAGUGUUAUCAUCAUCAUUUAGUAUUUAUGCUUGAUAAAAUAUUGACAAAGCAACAGAAGCAGGUUUUUAAUAUACUAAGCACAUUUGAGAGUGUAGAUGCAUAUCUGUAUAAAUAUGUAUUAGAUUCUGAUGAAAGUGAUGUACAGUUUAAGUAUAACAUGGGGGAAUUUGUAAACUGUGAGUUUCCUGAUGAAAUCACUUUGAAACAUUGUACCAAGUGCAGAGGCUGUGGUAAAAGUGUUCAUUACUGCAUAUGUAUUAAGUAUGACUGUGAGGCAUCUGAUGGAACAUUUUUCAAAUCUUAUGUAAAAGGUAGUGAUGCUCUUGACUACAUGGAUAGCAAUAUAUUUGAUGAACCAUGCUGAAAAUAUAAUGAUAUAUGAUGUACUUAUCUACAUAUAAGAUCAAUAGUGCGCAUUCCAGCAGAUACUUCCUAAUUUUAAGUUUUAUGUGCAUACCUGUCAUUUUCUUACCUGUCAAAAAGGAAAGGGACGGAUGAUUGACAGCUAUGAUUUUUAAGUAGAGUUAAUGAAACAUUAACCUAGACUAAGAAAAUAGGAAUAUUGGCUGGUAAGCAAUCUGUUAACAAAAUCUAAUAAUCUAAUCGUGUUGUAAUCUGUUCUGUUGUCUUCGUAUCAACAGUGGCUGCAAGUUGUCUUUGAUUACUUGUGGCUCUGCCCACCCCAUUAGGGAUUACGGGCGUGAGUUUAUGUAUGUGUAAGCAAUCUGUUUGACGUGUAGUGUCAACUUAAUUUUAGCGGCUUAGAGUGGAAAUUUCUGGAACCGAACUUGUUCCGCUUGUGUACCGUAUGGUAUAACGUACGGCCGUGCGCGCCUGCGUUCCGCCGCCUCGCAUUUUUUUCAUGUUGUCGAGUGCCUCGUCGAUUCCACAUUUCCGCCGGGUGCGGUCACACAACCGCUCUUUUUCUCGCUCCAGCGUAACCGUCAUUUGACGUCUGAAUGAUAUAAGCACAGGAAAGUGCGACGCAGCGCGGCCAACGUAUAAAAAAUCGGUUAAGUUAGGUAUCUGCCUAAAAACGUCCAUUAUUUAUUAUUUUUAGCCUGUCCUUCCUUUUGAUAGGCCAAAAUGUCAGGUAGCUUAAAAUAAAUUUAGGAAGUGUUUGCUGGAAUCAGCACCAAUGUUAGCAAAAAAAUAAAAUUGAAGAAAAUACAUAUGUAAAUAAAUAUUUAAUUAUAUAA